UGUACUUAGAGAGAUGAGCAUUGAACUUCAUAAGGCUGCCACUCAUUAUGUCCUGCAAAAUUGUGAUGAAGCUUUGCCAUUUGUCCAAGAACAUAAGAACAUUCUAAUCCAGUCUAGUGUUGAUAAUGUGGAGGAGUCACAUAGGCUUCAAUUUUCAAACUGGAUUUCUAAAAGGGUCACAGAACUAUACAACGAUGGUAAAGUUAGUAAACAAAUGCUUUCUUUGGCUCGAGGUCCUGAAAGGCGAGUAACUUAUUAUCCUGGUUAUUAUAUUAGUGGUUUUAGAUUUCAUACAUUGCAGCGUGAUGAGAAUAAAAAAACACAGAAUAGUGGAAUUAUGGUUAAGGGGGAGAAUCAGGUUGACGAUGUGCCUUGGUAUGGAACCUUAGUAGAUAUUGUGGAGCUUCGUUACACAGAAGGAAAUAGAGUUGUAUUGUUCAAUUGUGAUUGGUAUGACACAGCACGAAAAGGAACAGGUUACAAGAUAGAUCGUUAUGGAAUAAUCACUGUUAAUACAACGCGCAAGCUAAAUACUCAAGAGCCAUUCGUACUAGCAAGUCAAGCAACCCAAGUUUUUUAUGUGAAGGGGGUUAAAAAUAAAAUUUGGAGUUUUGUAGUGGAAACAAAUCCAAGAAAUGCUUAUGAGAUGACUAAUGAUGAGAUUGAGCCAUACCAAGAAGCAGAGACUCAAAGUCAAAGCAUGCAUGCCAUCCAAAAUGAUGUUGAAGACAAUGAAAUUGAUUGAAGAAGGGAUGUGAUUCAACUUACAAC